AUGCCUAAAGCCUUCGUUCCCCGCAAGAUCCUCAUCGUCGGCGCUGGACUGGGCGGGCUUUGCGCCUCGCUCGCCCUGCAGCAGGACGGGCACCAGGUGACUCUGAUCGAUGCGGCGGCGGAAUUCGUCGAAGCCGGCGCCGGUAUCCGCAUCCCCCCCAACAGCUCACGCCUCCUCCUCCGCUGGGGCGUCGACCUGGGCAACAUGAAGAAAUGCGUCUCGCGGCGCUACCACUUUGUGCGCUGGAAGGACGGCUCGACCAUCACGCAGUUCCCCUUUGACAAUAUCGUCGAGAAGUACGGCGCGCCGUACUACCUCGUGCAUCGCCACGACCUGCACGCGGCCCUGCUGGACGCCGUCACCAAGGCCGGCGUCGCGGUGCACACCAACCAGCGCGUCGUCUCGUAUGAUUUUGAUGCCCCCAGCGCGACGACGGCGGAUGGCCGGACGUGGACGGCUGAUCUGAUUGUUUGUGCGGAUGGCAUCAAAUCGGUCGCCCGCCCCCUGCUGACCGGUCGCCCGGACGUCCCUCGCGACACGGGCGACGUGGCAUAUCGCAUCCUGAUCCCCGGCAAAGAGCUUCUGGCCGACCCGGACCUAGCAGACCUGAUCACCUCGCCGGCGACGACAUCCUGGUGCGGGCCCGACGCACAUCUAGUCGGCUAUCCGAUCCGGGGCGGCGAGCUGUACAACAUCGUGGUCUGCGCGACGUCGUACGGCGAGACGACGGACGAAGUGUGGGUGGUCAAGGGCAACAACGAAGAGCUGUGCCAGCGGUUUGCGUCCUGGGAGCCGCGCAUCCAGAAGCUGUGCCGGCUGUCGCGCGACUUCAUGAAGUGGCGGCUCUGCGACCUGCCCAUCCUGUCGACCUGGGUGCAUCCCAGUGGCAAGGCCUGUCUGCUGGGCGACUCGUGCCAUCCCAUGCUGCCGUACCUGGCGCAGGGCGCUGCCCAGGCGGCUGAAGACGCGGCCGUGCUGCGCCAGUGUCUCGCCUCGCACCGCGACAGCAACCUGUAUCCCGCGCUGAAGAAGUACGAGAGCAUCCGGCGGCCGCGCGCCUCGCUCAUCCAGGCCAAGACGCGCGAGCAUCAGUACAUCCUGCACAUUGACGACGGCGACGAGCAGCGCAAGCGCGACCAGCGCAUGCGCAUGAACGCCGACAUCAACCCCGUGUUCUGGGGGUUCGAGGAGCGGCGGAAAUGGCUAUUUGGGCAUGAUGCGGAGGUCGUAGAGGAGCCUACUGGGAAGGGGGUGACGGCGUCGUUGUAG